GUGAUUCUACUAACUUGUUAAAUGCAUUUGCAGUUUGUCUUGGUUGUGUUUUGGAUGUUUUUCCUAAUAGAAACUGAAUGGUGAAUAAUGUCCUGUCAUUGUAUCCAAGAUGGCGUAGCAGUCAGAUGUCCUUUGUCCUCGUCCUGUCCCGUGUAUAUAUAUUUUAUAUAUUUUUCUUUGCAUUUCUUUUUAUAUAUAUUUUUUUCUUCUUAAAAACUCAACUUCAAAACACUCUCCUGCAACCCACCUCACCAAAUGUGGUGCGGAUCUGUUUUUUUUCUUCCUCAAAGGUACUAUUCACCUCGUAUCCGAAAUCAACAACAGAAGCUAGCCAGAAGUUAGCCAGCUCACAAGCUAACGUUAGUAGUUCAGCUAACCACAGCUAGCGCUCAUCAGCUAUCCUUUAGCUCGGAAAACUAUUGCCAGUUUUGUACAACGCGACUCAGACCAGAGCAUACCAGACCUAUUUUCUCUCCAUAUCCCCGGAUUUUUACCGCAAGUUCUGGACAUUUACACCUGGAUCUUGCAGCUAACCAGCUGCUAUCCGAGUGACUAUUGGCUAACAUCAAUUCCGGAGCAAACACCAAUUAUCCCGGAACUAGCCAGCUGAAGAGUUCCAUCAGCCACUCCUGGGCUACAAUCACCUAUUCGGACCCGUUUACUGCCGAUGCGGAGCCCCACCGGGCCUUCACGACUGGGAUACCGACGUUAUCUGCCCGAGGGAGUUAUUCAACUGGCCCCUCCAUCGCGACGUAACCGGAACGCCAUUAUGCUAACUGCGGCCCGCUAAUCGUUAGCUGUCUUGAGCAUAUCGGCUGCUAUCUGAACAGACAACCUCUCUUUCGCCAUCGCCAUCCGGCUUGGAUUCUCUGUCGACACGACCACGUCUGGUCUGCAGACGAAUAGCCCAUCCGCUGUGCCCUCAACCGGCCUCCGUCUGAGCAGACCCCCUCCGUCUGAGCAGACCCCCUCCGUCUGAGCAGACCACCCCCCCGGGCUAGCUUAGUGGAGGCCUCACUGCUCCAUCUACGGCUGCCCCCUGGACACUAUGAUCACUUGGCUACAUAGCUGAUGCCUGCUUGACUGUCCAUUAAUUCACGGUACUCCAUUCUGUUUAUUUGUGUUUUAUCUGUCGGCUCUGUGUUUUAACUCAGGCUCUGUGUGUAGUUAAUCCGACCCUCUCUGCCUAGCCGUCGCCAUUUUUACCUUCUGUUGCUGUGUUAGCUGACUAGCUGCUGUUAUCUCACCUGUUGUUUUAGCUAGCUCUCCCAAUCAAGACCUGCAAUCACUUUACGCCUUAUUGUUUGUCUCCCUCAAAUAUCAAUAUGCCUUGCAUACUGUUGUUCAGGCUAGUUAUCAUUGUUUUGGUUUGCAAUGGACCCCGUAGUUCCACUCUCCAUACCUCUGAUACCUCCUUUGUCCCACCCCCCACACAUGCGGUGACCUCACCCAUUGAGACCAGCAUGUCCAGAGAUACAACCUCUCUUAUCAUCACCCAGUGCCUGGGCUUGCCUCCGCUGUACCCGUGCCCCACCAUACCCUGGUCUGCACAUUAUGCCCAGAAUCUAUUCUACCACGCCCAUAAAUCUGCUCCUUUUAUUCCUUGUCCCCAACGCUCUAGGCGACCAGUUUUGAUAGCCUUUAGCCGCACCCUCAUCCUACUACUCCUCUGUUCCUCGGGUGAUGUGGAGGUAAACCCAGUCCCUGCAUGUCCCCAGUCACCCUCAUUUGUUGACUUCUGUGAUCGAAAAAGCCUUGGCCUCAUGCAUGUCAACAUCAGAAGCCUCCUCCCUAAGUUUGCCUUACUCACCGCUUUAGCACACUCUGCCAACCCGGAUGUCCUUGCCGUGUCCGAAUCCUGGCUUAGGAAGGCCACCAAAAAUUCGGAGAUUUCCAUACCCAACUAUAACACUUUCCGUCAAGAUAGAACUGCCAAAGGGGGAGGAGUUGCAAUCUACUGCAGAGAUAGCCUGCAAAGUUCUGUCAUACUUUCCAGGUCUAUGCCCAAACAGUUCGAACUUCUAAUUUUAAAAAUUAAUCUCUCCAGAAAUAAGUCUCUCACUGUUGCCGCCUGCUGCCGACACCCUCAGCUCCCAGCUGUGCCCUGGACACCAUCUGUGAAUUGAUCGCUCCCCAUCUAGCUUCAGAGUUUGUUCUGUUAGGUGACCUAAACUGGGAUAUGCUUAACACCCCGGCAGUCCUACAAUCUAAGCUUGAUGCCCUCAAUCUCACACAAAUCAUCAAGGAACCCACCAGAUACAACCCUAAAUCCGUAAACAUGGGCACCCUAAUAGACAUUAUCCUGACCAACUUGCCCUCCAAAUACACCUCUGCUGUCUUCAAUCAAGAUCUCAGCGAUCACUGCCUCAUUGCCUGUAUCCGCCACGGGUCCGCGGCCAAACGACCACCCCUCAUCACUGUCAAACGCUCCCUAAAACACUUCUGCGAGCAGGCCUUUCUAAUCGACCUGGCCCGGGUACCCUGGAAGGAUAUUGACCUCAUCCCGUCAGUUGAGGAUGCCUGGUCAUUCUUUAAAAGUUACUUCCUCACCAUAUUAGACAAGCAUGCUCCGUUCAAAAAAUGCAGAACCAAGAACAGAUAUAGCCCUUGGUUCACUCCAGACCUGACUGCCCUCGACCAGCACAAAAACAUCCUGUGGCGAACUGCAAUAGCAUCGAAGAGCCCCCGCGAUAUGCAACUGUUCAGGGAAGUCAGGAACCAAUACACGCAGUCAGUCAGGAAAGCAAAGGCCAGCUUUUUCAAGCAGAAAUUUGCAUCCUGUAGCUCUAACUCCAAAAAGUUCUGGGAUACUGUAAAGUCCAUGGAAAACAAGAGCACCUCCUCCCAGCUGCCCACUUCACUGAGGCUAGGUAACACGGUCACCACUGAUAAGUCCAUGAUAAUCGAAAACUUCAACAAACAUUUCUCAAUGGCUGGCCAUGCCUUCCUCCUGGCGACUCCAACCUUGGCCAACAGCCCCGCCCCCCCCCGCUGCUACUCGCCCAAGCCUCCCCAGCUUCUCCUUUACCCAUAUCCAGAUAGCAGAUGUUCUGAGAGAGCUGGACCCCCUAUUUCUGAAACUGUCCGCCGCCAUUGUCGCACCCCCUAUUACCAGCCUGUUCAACCUCUCCUUCGUAUCAUCUGAGAUCCCCAAGGAUUGGAAAGCUGCCGCGGUCAUCCCCCUCUUAAAAGGGGGAGACACCCUGGACCCAAACUGUUACAGACCUAUAUCCAUCCUGCCCUGCCUAUCUAAGGUCUUCGAAAGCCAAGUCAACAAACAGAUCACUGACCAUCUCGAAUCCCACCGUACCUUCUCCGCUGUGCAAUCCGGUUUCCGAGCCGGUCACGGGUGCACCUCAGCCACGCUCAAGGUACUAAACGAUGUCAUAACCGCCAUCGAUAAAAGACAUUACUGUGCAGCCGUCUUCAUCGACCUGGCCAAGGCUUUCGACUCUGUCAAUCACCAUAUUCUUAUCGGCAGACUCAGUAGCCUCGGUUUUUCUAAUGACUGCCUUGCCUGGUUCACCAACUACUUUGCAGACAGAGUUCAGUGUGUCAAAUCGGAGGGCAUGUUGUCCGGUCCUCUGGCAGUCUCUAUGGGGGUACCACAGGGUUCAAUUCUCGGGCCGACUCUUUUCUCUGUAUACAUCAAUGAUGUUGCUCUUGCUGCGGGCGAUUCCCUGAUCCACCUCUAUGCAGACGACACCAUUCUGUACACUUCCGGCCCUUCCUUGGACACUGUGCUAUCUAACCUCCAAACGAGCUUCAAUGCCAUUCAACACUCCUUCCGUGGCCUCCAACUGCUCUUAAACGCUAGUAAAACCAAAUGCAUGCUUUUCAACCGUUCGCUGCCUGCACCCGCACGCCCGACUACCAUCACCACCCUGGACGGUUCCGACCUAGAAUAUGUGGACAUCUAUAAGUACCUAGGUGUCUGGCUAGACUGCAAACUCUCCUUCCAGACUCAUAUCAAACAUCUCCAAUCCAAAAUCAAAUCUAGAGUCGGCUUUCUAUUCCGCAACAAAGCCUCCUUCACUCACGCCGCCAAACUUACCCUAGUAAAACUGACUAUCCUACCGAUCCUCGACUUCGGCGAUGUCAUCUACAAAAUAGCUUCCAAUACUCUACUCAGCAAACUGGAUGCAGUUUAUCACAGUGCCAUCCGUUUUGUUACUAAAGCACCUUAUACGACCCACCACUGCGACCUGUAUGCCCUAGUCGGCUGGCCCUCGCUACAUGUUCGUCG